CUUGUUAUACUACGUUUGUUUGGAAAGCGUCUUCCCCUCUCUAUUGUUCCUCGUCUCUAACCUCUGCCCUCUGCCUUCCGCCUUCCUCUUUCUCACCCGCCAUUGUGGUGACAGGAUUGCAGCUAUUCAUCAUGUCGUCCCACAAGACGUUCAGAAUCAAAAGGUUUCUUGCCAAGAAGCAGAAACAGAAUAGGCCAAUCCCACAGUGGAUCCGAAUGAAGACUGGCAAUAAGAUCAGGUAUAACUCCAAGAGGAGACACUGGAGAAGGACCAAGCUCGGCCUGUAAAGAAGCUGGAAGAUGGCAGACCAGUUCUAUGUUGGUUCCAAACAAAAACCUGAUCAUCUUGUUAUACAGUUUAUUUUAUAGCAGUAUCUGCUAUUUGCUUAUGGAAUAAAAGAAAACAUACCAUCA